AUAAGGAGCUUCACAAUCUCAAUACGCUUUGUCUUCCGCUUUCAAUUCUCUCUUCUCACAAUCACAAAUUUUCAAAACAAAAGCAACCCUCUUUCAUUUUUUCUAGGCAAUGGCGGAUUCUAAGUCAAAGCUCGAAUCUUUGAGGGAAUGGGUUGUUGAACACAAGCUCAGAACCGUUGGGUGUUUGUGGCUGAGUGGGAUCACGGGCUCGAUCGCGUACAAUUGGUCUCAGCCGAAUAUGAAAACCAGCGUCAAGAUCAUACAUGCUAGGUUGCAUGCUCAGGCCCUUACUCUAGCUGCAUUAGCCGGAGCUGCAGUGGUUGAAUACUAUGACCACAAAACUGGACAGAAGGCUGAUCAAUAUGCAAAGUUCCUCCAGUCUGAUGCCCACUCGCAUAAGAACUAGAUGAACAACCUUUUGCUCAGUGCCUACUUAUACAAUGACUAGGUAGUCAUUCGUUCAGCAUACUUAAUAAUCUUUUGCUAAGUGUAUACUGAAUGGAUAGUUUCAGGAGUAUUUUUGUUGAAGAGGCACUAUUGCUACUUCUCCAACACAUUUUUUUCUGGUGGUUGUAUUGGUUUGUUGAACGUAUUUACUGUGCUAGUACUAAUAUUUGUUACUUGCGUUGAUCAAUAGCAACUGUGACAAGGAUCACAGAGAAAACAUGUAUUUUUCUGUUGUUGAAUUAAAAAUAUUACAAUUGCAUGAUUACUAAAAUGCAUAUUUCAGUUAAAUAUAACAUCUUUAUCAAGAA